AUGUUCGGAGGAAAGGACAAGGACAAAGACGCCAACAAGACCGCGAGUGAUGAGACACUCAUGGACCUCGAGGCAGGCGUGGCUCAAGACGUGACCGAGUUGGAGCAGCCUCUCUUGGAAGCAGCUGACUGGUUCCUCACCGAGGAGGAGAUCACUGCGUCCCGGGGCGGUGUGCCUCGCUCGGGCAUGGUCACCUUCAGCACGGGCAACGACGUGAAGACGUUCACAGUGUCGAAGGAGUUUUUCGACUCGCUCUACGACGAUCUCUCGGCGACGAAGCUCAAUGACCGCGUCAUGGUGACGUCGUACAACACGGCGCUCAUUCCGUUCAAGCCCGAAACGGACCCGGAAGGUCUCGUGAGCAACUUUGAUAUCGUCUUUGGCGGCGUCGUGAAGCGAGGAGGAGAUGUCAAGAUCAUGUGUUGGGCGACGAAGUACCCGUCGAAGCAGGACAUCAAGGUGCGGAACAGGAUCAACGAACUUCCCACGUCCGGCCUGAACAGCGGAAAUGCCCUGUUCAUUUUCGAUGACCGCCUUCCCUAUGGCCUUUCGUCGCAUCACCAGAAGACGGUCAUCAUUGCGUCCAGCACUCCUUCUGGAGCAGAUGACUUUCCGAUCUCUUACGUCGGCGGCAUCGACAUUACGAAUGACCGUUGGGACACCAUCUACCACAACGAGUCAGUUCUUCGCGAAAAAGCCCGUAUCCAUUUGGACUACAAAGGAUGGGUCGACAGCAGCCUGCGCAUCCACGGACCGGCCGCGAAAGAUGUUGCAGCGAAUUUCCUGGCGCGCUGGAACUCGCCAUACCUUCCGACUCAAGAUCUUGUCGACGACCUCGCGUCGUUUGAAAACCCACGGUACUCCUUCUUGCCGCCUCUGAACUACACCAGCAGUAACACCACGGCGAAGCUCGGGCACCAGAGUGUGCAGAUUGUGCGCACGUUCAGCUGCAAGUACAAGCACUACGAGUUUGCACCAUUUGGCGAGAAGUCGCUGCUGUUCGCGCGCAUCAAAGCCAUCAAGAACGCCAAGAACUUUAUCUACGUUGAGGACCAGUACUUCAUCCACGUGCCUGAGUUGCUGGAUGCCCUGAUGACGGUUAUGCCAAUGAUCCAGCGUCUAAUUGUCGUCGUCCAGCCACCGGAGCUGAUAACGAAGAGCGGUGGAUACGAGAAGUACAUGUACAAGCUGGUCCAGCCUCUCAAGGACAAGUUCCCGGACAAGAUCCGGAUGUACUCGAUGAAGCCAGAGCUGAACGUGUAUGUGCACAGCAAGAUUGUCAUCAUCGACGACGUGUACUUGUCGGACGGCUCAGCCAACUGGAAUCGUCGCAGCAUGACUUCGGACGUUGAGCUGAACGCGAAUAUCGUCGACACGAAGACGGUCGAGUCUCCUGACGGAAUUACGGUGGGCAAACUGAUUCGUGACUUUCGUGUGCGCAAGUUCCACGAGAUGACGGGACGGAGCUACGAGGAGAUCAACAAGAUGAGUUUUCUCGACAGCGCCGACCUGUUCGAUGUGGCGGCCGCAGAGCCGACUUCUCUGAUCAAAGAGUUCCACAUUAGCAAGAAAAUGUACUACAACGUCGUUGGGAAGGCCCUGCACGAUAAUAUUGAUCCGUACGAUCACUGUGAGUAG